AUGUCUGCUGGAAUCUUUAUUGGCACAAUCAUAUUUAUCGGUAUUGGAAUUGGAGUUACAGUAUGGCUCAAAGGAGUUGUUACUAAAGCAACCAAAAAUUUAAGCGAUCUGAACGAUAAUUUAUUGCUAAUGUAUGUUUCAGUUGUUUCCGGUACUAUUUAAUUUUGGCUCUUAUGGUUUUGUAUGUAUAUGCACCAACUCAAUCCUAUAAUAACGCCGUUUAGAGGACAUGAAUGAGUUAUUAAUAUAUCGAAUUAAAAUUUAAUUUA